AUCGUCAACCUCUGAUAAAUCUAAAACGCCGAAGCGACGAAACGAUACACUGUAGCCCCGAGAAGAUUCGCCGCACCAGGGCAAAAGAAUAUCUGAAAGACUUCCAUAAACGCAACAUAGCUAUAAAUAAUUCGAGUAAAAAGGAUUCUGUUAAACUUGUUGACGAACACUUCGGCAAUUAAUGAAACAUGUGAAGAAUUCAAAGGGAGGCAACAUUUAUUGCCAAAAUUUAGUGAGAGCUGGCAGUUUCAAGGAGAAAACUAAGAUUGGAAAAGCUGAUGAAUUUGAUACAAACAUUGUUUGUAACAUUAUUCCUGUAAUUAUAUAAACUCGAGGCACAGUUGAUUUCGAAUACCAGCCUUUGGGGAAAAUGAUGGGAAAAGCGAAUAAUAUGAAUAUCAAGAUGAGACUAAAAGAUAUUCCUGGUGGCAAAGAAAUACCUAAGGGAUACGCAGUUGUGAAAGUUAAAGACGGCACCGUCCCAGCAAAACUUACUUAUAACGGACACUUAGUUCCAAGAGAAGUAAAACAAGACCUUCACGGUAAAAUUAAAAAUGCUGUAAAAGAACUAAGGAUGAAAAAUAUUGAUAUUAGUCGAAAUGCUCAUGGACCUGCCUUGACGUUGAUGAUACACCAAGAUCAAGGUCGUAAUCAUGACAUAAGUGUCGAUAUUACACCAUCAAUUCCAUGCAAAAAACCUUUAACAAAUAACGGGUGGCCUCGUCCGAAUACACGUAAAGCUUUUAGUAACCGAGUGAUUGAUGACAUUAAAAACGCCGGGACACACUUAGUUCCAAAAGGUGAUAACGUAUGGGCAAUUUCAUAUUCAAAAGCAGAAAAUGCUGCAUUAUUAAAGAUUGAUAAGGGAAAUGGGUGCCGGAGAGAGGUCAAUAGAAUAAUGAAGAAGCAUGUCCAGGAUUGCACAUCCCGCUCAAAAGAUGGUCUUCCGGGAGUUUCGUCACACAUGAUAAAACACCAAGUUCUUUGGUCACAGAAUUAGAUCCAGACCAAAAAUACUGGCAUCAAAGAAAUGUUGAUAACUGCCUUUACGAUACCAUGGGUGAUAUUGUAUCAUCCCUUGAUCGAGGAAAACUCCCAAAUUAUUUUAAUAGUUGUGAGAACCUUAUACAGGGGAAAGAUCGUAGAGUUCUUAGGGAAUUGAGUGAUCAUUUUGAAAAAGAGAGGACACAAAUGUUAAAUAUGUGAUCUGAAUAACGAAUUGAUGGCAA